AUGGCUUCCUGCACGGCUGACCCAGACAGCCUUGUCCACCACGCCGACUCCUGCCUUCCUCACCACCCACCCCGGGUGGCCAGCGUGAUGCUCUCUUUGUUCUACACAGCCCUCUUGGUCUUCGGCACCCUGGGAAACAUCCUUGCCCUUCGCCUUGCUUAUCAAAAGGGCAAGAAGAUCAACUCAACAAAUGUCUACCUGGUCCACCUGGCAGUGUCCGACCUCCUGUUCACCCUGGCCCUGCCCGGAAAGAUCGCCUACUACGUGCUGGACUUCAGCUGGCCUUUCGGUGAAGGGCUCUGCAGGCUGACGGCCUUCAUAUCCUACGUGAACACUUAUUCAGGGAUCUACCUGAUGGCAUGCGUGAGCGUGGACCGUUACGUGGCUGUGGUCCGCACCCACCAGUGUCUCCGGCUCCGCGGACCCCGGCGGGCCAGGCUCAUCUGUGUGGCUGUGUGGGUCCUGUUGUCUCUGCAGACGAGGGCUUUCAAACUGUGCCUUCAGCUCACGGUGUGCCUCAUGAACUUGAACUGCAGCAUCGACCCCAUCAUUUACUUCUUCGCAUCUACGUGUUACAGGAAAUGGCUCCUCAGCAUUUGGAAGCUCAAAGCGUCAUCUUCCGACUCCCCCGCUCCGGGAAAAAGUUCCUCAGAAGCACAAAAUAUCAGCCAGACUGGAGGCUCCUUGCCCUUAGAGGAGAAUGAGGUCUAA